UGUUGAAAGCGGAAGUGACGCGUAAUGUUAUGGCGCUUCACAUGUAAAGCACCGAGAAUCCAAGUUUAAAUAAGCGUGCAUUUGGAAUUUUAAAUAAGCUUUAUGCAUGCUAUUACAAACAAUUAACUUUAAUUUUCAAAUAAUAAAAGUAGUAUUCGCUUAAAUCUGGUCGAACAAACUACGCUAAGUGGCUCCAUUUUUGGGUGGACCAAUCACCAAAACGAUGAGUACUCAGUACACCAUUCUGUUUAAACAAGAGCACGCUCACGAUGACGCCAUCUGGACGGCAGCGUGGGGCAGGAGUGCAGCAGACGGCUCAGAAACCAUCGUCACAGGCUCACUAGAUGAUAUGGUGAAAGUCUGGAAAUGGUCAGAUGAGAAGCUGGAGCUGCAGUGGACCCUUGAGGGCCACCAGCUGGGCGUGGUCUCGGUGGACAUCAGCCACAAUGGUGCCAUUGCCGCCUCCAGUUCCCUCGACGCGCACAUCCGUCUGUGGGACCUGGAAUCUGGAAAACAAAUUAAGUCGAUAGAUGCAGGGCCAGUGGAUGCGUGGUCGGUUGCCUUCUCUCCGGACUCUAAAUACAUCGCCACCGGCAGCCAUCAUGGCAAAGUCAACAUCUUUGGUGUGGAAAGCAGCAAGAAGGAAUAUUCUCUGGACACACGAGGAAAAUUCAUUUUGAGUAUAGCUUAUAGCCCUGAUGGAAAGUAUCUGGCUAGUGGAGCCAUCGACGGGAUCAUCAACAUCUUUGAUAUCGCCACAGGAAAGCUGCUUCACACGCUGGAAGGUCACGCCAUGCCGAUCCGCUCUCUGACCUUUUCUCCGGACUCCCAGCUGUUGGUCACGGCCUCAGACGACGGCUACAUCAAAAUCUACGACGUACAACACGCUAACCUGGCCGCCACGCUGAGCGGACACGGUUCCUGGGUGCUGAACGUGGCCUUCUCCCCUGAUGACACCCACUUUGUCUCCAGCUCGUCUGACAAGAGCGUGAAGGUUUGGGACGCCAGCUCCAGAGCCUGCAUCAACACCUUCUUCGACCACCAGGAUCAGGUUUGGAGUGUGAAGUACAACAACACCGGCUCAAAGAUCAUCUCGGCUGGUGACGAUCGCGCCAUCCACAUCUACGACUGUCCCGUGUGACGGAGACCGGCCGCUCUGAUCCAGGAGGGAAGGGAUAUGACUCUUGUAAAUGAGAAAGUUUGUUUAGCAAUGCUGUCAAAAUAAAAGUUCUGUUUUUGUACAAAUAA